CCGUGAUCAUAUCAUAUGAAGAAAGUUACCGUGAAGUUCCUGCGGAAACACUUUUUACUCACUGGUGGUUAGAAAAAGUAGGAAUGACUGAUGAAAAUAUGACGUCUUCGAAUGCUAUGUCUAUUAUCCUUCUAUUAUCUUCAAUUUUAUUCAGUACCCUUUUAGGGGGUCCAUCAUAUGCGGUGAGCAGUCCAGUGACGAAUGAAGAAGGCGUUUAUCAGUUUCUUGUCACCCAUGAAAAUGUCAUCUCCCACGACACAGCUUUCAUCUAUGUUUCUAAUGGCGUGGAGGAAAAAAUAAACAUCUCAAUUCAAACCACAGAAUGCUACAAGUGUAAACUGAUAUUCCUUGGUUCUGUCAAUGUGAGGGAGCUGGUUGAAGUGCAGGCGGAUACAUCAUGGCCGAUUACCAUGGAGAUAAGCUUGAAAGACGAACCCCCAAACAAUGCAACUGUAUGCAGUUUGACUUACCACUUUAAACAAAAUGGAAACUACACGUGGUAUAUCAACAGUAAGAAAUCCACGGACACCUUCGACUGUAAUUUGGUCACAAUGAAUAAUCCUCCCGAUGCAUUUAUCCCUAUCUAUGUAACCCUUGGUAUUUUUGCUGGAAUGGCUUUCUUCUGUAUUCUUGUAAAACAGCUGUUAAAGUCUACUGCAACCCAUCGCUUUCUGAAUUAUUUUGGCAUGGAGAGAGUUGUAUCAAGUGAUCUAGGUACACCCGCUAACCCCGUCUCGGAAGCUGACUCAAACAGCAUCCAACGACCUAGUCGGGACAAACCAAAGAGACUCAAAUCCUUAGAUGCUUUUAGAGGGUUUUCUCUGAUUAUUAUGAUCUUCGUGAAUUAUGGAGGUGGAGAGUAUGCUUUCUUCAUGCACGCUAUUUGGAAUGGUUUGUAGCCCCUCCCUAUUGAAACAAAUUAAUCUCUAUAACACACAUGCCAUCUUUAAUAUGCUACACCAAACAUUUAUGUACAAUGUUAAAGCUUGUCUAAAGCUUUGGUGAUGGGUCAGUUAUGUGAAGAAAUCUCUUGUAUCAUCAAACAUUCCAAUAUUACAAGGGCAUAGAUGUCAUUGAAUGCCUUUUUACCUAUUUGCAUUUGAAUGUGACAUUUUCCUGAUUUAAAUUCAAUGGUAGCAACCUCUCUCUUUAAUAUAUUUUUUAAAUUCAAAUUAGCCGUUUGAGCACUUGACUGUAUAUAUUUAGAAAUUGAAGAUUAGAAAGCUUCUGACAAGGUUAUAUCCUGAAAUUAUCAGCCCAUUCCGUGGCUAUAAAGCAGGGGUUCUCAAACUACGGCCCGCGAGACUCUGCUGGUUUUUUUUAAUCACUAAAGUCAAAAUAUGAAACACAGCUCAAUAUGAUUACAUUGUGUAUCCAUGAAAACAAAAUAAUAGUAAUGGCAGUCAAAUCAAUUUGACAUUAAAAAAACGUUUAGUGGAGUCUUUUCUGUCUGUUCUACUUUCUUAUUAGAUGAGCGCGGCACCACAUAACACGUUGGAUUUGAAAACACAUGCGCACACAUUCCAACACGCAAUCAAUUUGGUUAAAACGUAAACUUAAUUGCCGGUUCAGUUUUGCAAAGAAAAGAAAGGUGGAUGCUGAAAAUCGUGUUUUCCACCGGGGUUUUCCAUGAAGAAUGGACAGACAAGUAUGCAUUCAUUUUGCCGCAAUCGAGCACAAGGCCAAUGUGUUGGCCAAUCUAAUUUGACUACAAAAAAUUGAUAGGCCUACUCCAAAACAUCUGUCUCAAUUCAAGGUAUGUGUUAAAAUUGACUAGGUACAAUCUACAUUCCUUUUAACAAAGUACUUCAAUUUUAUUGUCAUUACUAUUGAAUCUCGCUGUAUUUUGAAAUCUUUUCUAAUUUUGCCUUUGUUCCAUAUGAAGCUGUUAUAAAUUUGUUGGAUUAAAUUCUCCCAAAACACGGGCCAAAUUGCACCAGAGAGCAUGUAGGAACCCGGCCGCAAGGGUUAUUCACGCUUCGCGCACAUUUUUUUUUUCUAAGUAUCCACUUCACCCUGGCCCUUUCAGGUUUAUUUCGAGUCUCAUCUGGCCCUUUAAAGAAAAAGUUUGAGAACCCCUGCUAUAAAGUAAGUGUUUUAUAUAAACAAAACAAAAGUACAGAGACAUUUUAUUUUGAUUGGGCACCUGGGGCCCAUAUCACAAAGCUUAGCAAUGAUCGUAGAACAUUUUUCUACGAUUGAUUGCAUUGACUAUAAUGUACAAUCAAUCGUAAAAAUCAAGCGUACGAUUAAUCGCUAAUCUUUGUGUUACGGGACCCUGAUCAAUUUGAAUUUUAAUGUAAAAUCAGUAAAUUUAUCCAAUGAAGCAGAUUUUAGUUGAUAUCCUUCAUACGAGAACCGUUUUGGGGCACAUGCAUUGCUAAUUUUGUAAUGAAAUGGAAUAGUGACAUGCACUAUUUAGGGAUUUACCAAAAUUAAAGAUAGGCUUUAAUAGAGUGUCUGUUAUCAGUUGUAUAAAGGUGGAUUCUCACUCUUAUUUUGCCACAGAUAUUUAAUUCUUAAGUGCCAUUUAAAGUAAGCAAAUUUGUAAUUACUAUUUAUCAGAUGAAGGUCAUUGGACGCGAACCAUAGUAAAUGUUUUUUUGUAAUCGAAAUCGUUAAGGUGAGCAUGAUAUCAUGUUUGUUAUCCCAUUUAAAGAAUAAGAGUAAAUAAUAAGAGUCAUGUUUGGUAUUUGGCAAUGGAUCAAAUGAUAGCCAAUCCGUUUAAAACAGAAAAUGUAAUAGUAGCUUUUCCCAUUUUAAAAAAUUAACAGUCCCUACAAGUCGUGCCAUAUGGUCUAAGCAUUUGUUGCUUUAUUAGAGUUGAAUAUCGCAGAUCGGUAUACCAGGCAAUCUUAUAUAACAUCUUAUUAAAUUAAACAUAAUGAUUAAUUGAGUACAUAUCCAAUCGAUGAAAGAAAUGGACAGGUAAUUUGCGUAAAGUUGCUCGAGAGCUACAUGUAAUUACAAAAUGGCUUUAUAUUCCACCUCAGUCAUUUGGGAAAGCACCUUUCCCUUUCAGUUACAAAGCAUUGCACACACACACUACUCCAAGUUUGAACCACUACACAUGCUUAUUGACCUCAAGAUAUAUCUAUUCUCAUCAUAUUUCAAAUAACACUCUCCCCUUCUGUGUAAUAAUUCCCUCUGCGCCUCUAAAUAUGAAACUAGAUAGAAGGCGCACUCUAAAUGCUAUAUAUUAUAAUGAUUAUUAACUGUUAGCCUUUACUGUGGUUUAGUUAUGUCCAUUUACUGUUUUAACACUUGCAUGAAAAACUAAAUAAAUAGUAAGGGUCCUAUUUAGACCACUAGAAGAUGAAAUAAAAUUCAAAUGGUAUGCAAAUAUGGUAUACUAUUUGGGUGUAUGUCUAGUAUAUAUAUUUGAAUUUGUUUCAUGAACUCUAACAAUAAUCAUUACAUUUGUUUGUAUUGUAUUCAUUGUAUCAGUACAUUGUCAAUUAUUUGUUAUGGAUCCCACUAAAUUUUAAGAUGCUACCUUUACUAUGGUUGCUUAUCACCAUGUAUUUACCUAUGUGACUUUUACUUAAAAGGAUGGUCCAGGCUGAAAAUAUUUAUAUCUUAAUACAUAGAGUAGAAUUCACUGAGCAAAAUGCCAAAAAUUUCAUCAAUAUCGUUUAACAAAUAAUGAAGUUAUUGAAGUUUAAAGUUUAGCAAUAUUUUGUGAAAACAGUCGUCAUGAAUAUUCAUUAGGUGGGCUGAUGAUGUCACAUCUCCACUUUCAGCACGGACCAUCCCUUUAAUAAAUACAGUAAAUUGAAUGGCAAAUAAAAAAUGUAUAGAAAGCUUACCUUCCAAAAGGUCCUAUCACCAUUUUUGAUGAAAAUUGGGUUCUUGAUAUUAAACUAACUAUUAAGGACCUGUUUAUAACACAGAGAUACACAUAUUUUCUCAUAUUUAAAUCCCCAAUCUACUUUCCUUUUUAAGGACGUUCCACUGUUAAAAUGAAAUCCAUGUCAUUUUCACCAAAUUUUGCAUAGAGUUACUUUAGCACCUGAAUAUUUCAAAUAUGCAAACAAUAACAUGGGUUCAUGUGCUUGAUUUUUUGCUAUUGAGCUUUGAAGUUCACCCAAUUGGAAGUAAUCGAGAAUCGCGUGUUCAAAAGAAUUUGGCAUUUUGGCCACAAGAUCACCACGUUGAGGUUAAACCUACAUUACUAAGUCAAAAUCCAUUUAACUUUUAUAAAAUUUUACAGUUUAGUUCAGAAUGGUAUACUAAAGAUGGAUAAUUAAUUCAUAUUGCUAUUUGUCUGCCCUUUUAAGGCUAGCGGCACCUUCAUUUCUUUCAAAUGGUGUGAAAUAUGACAAAAGCAUAAUCUC